AUGGUGGUUUAUACAACACCGCCCUACCGAUCCAACUUCACCUGCACGCCCACCAUGUUCCGCGAUACCUCUCCCACCUUCGGGACAACCAAUUUCUCUUCCGUACAUGCGCCUCCGUCGCCGCCAUUCUUGCCGUACAAUGACCCAUUAGACGAUAUCUACGGCUCUGCUCCCUCCUCACCAAUACUGUCCUCCCAUUACCCUCUGAAUGAUAGCGGUACUGGUAGUCACACUUAUGAAAUUCUUUCUGAUUUGCCCUCCCGCCAACGUGUCCUCGAUACCGACGCAUACCGCGAAGGACUUUCGAAUAGCAAAGGUCAGUACGUGCAAGAGGGUUUCGACGAGGGAUUCUCGCUGGGCGCACAUCUCGGGCAACGAGUGGGAUAUAUACUAGGAGUGCUACAAGGCUUUGUUACUGCGCUCAGAGGGCACGAUGAGGUUUGUUGGCAAGAGGCGAGGAGCGUCUGGGAAGGAGCGCAGAUGGAGCUAGCGAUUCAAGAGUUGCUGGGGAAGAAGUGGGUUGACGAGGAAGGCAUUUGGAAAUGGGAGGUUCAAGGGAAGGAAGACGAGGUCAGCCUUAGGGAGGUUGUUGAUCAGCAUCCCGUUGUUAAGAGGUGGCUAGAUAAGGUGAAGGAGAUUUCGGGGAAAUGGGGAGCUGACCUGGACACCCUUGAGGAGCAAGAGCAUGACGCAGCAGAUCUACGGUCAUGA